AUGUCGCAACAAGACAAGACCGUGGCUAGCAGCACCAACGGUGCCCCCUCCGCAGGGGCGUCGUCAGAAGCCGACCUGGCUCAGGCCUUCCGGGACCUAGCAAAACCCGGCCGUGAUGGCGUGUCCUGGGUCCUCUCACCCAGUCAGCACAUUCGCAUCGCCGACCAUACCUCAUCACUGCGUUGUGCUAAGCGCGGGACCCUGCCUCCCAGGGACAUGGCGGUCAGAAACUGGCCCGCGUUUCUCGAGUUGACCGUUAUGGACGGGGGCGAGCAAGCUGCUUCUGCAAUGGAAGCAAACCUCUCGAAACUUGAGGACAGGCUUGAUGCUUUGCUCGCUCAAUUCGAGGAGAUUGACGGGUCAUCAAGCUCUCCCAAGCACCAAAAGGACGACGCAAAUGCAAAGCAAGAUGAGAAGAGGGCAUAG